AGGAGCAGGCGGGGGCCUCCAGCUGCGGGGCCGUCGCGUCGCUGAUCAUCUCUCUGCCCGGCCUCGUCGGCACCUGAUGCUGGCCCGUGUUCUUCGGCCUCUUCCUCCAGCUGUCCUGGCACGAGAUCCCGAAGGCGCUGGACAACCUCUUCUACGCGCUGGAGCCCCUCGUCUCGGGGGUGAUUCUGACCAACAUGGUCCAGUUCUGCUACCACAAGGUCGCCCCCCGGCCGAAGGCGGGCGGCCACUGGCAGAAGUGGGGCCCCGUCUGGCUGGUGCUGCUGGCCACGGUGCUCACCAUGGCCCAGCCGCUCGCCGUCCUCUUCAUCUACGUCGGGGAGGUCGGCUACCCUGAGCACAAGAUGUGGACGAGCGGCUGGUUCCCCAACACACCGCUGGGCAUAACGCUCUACCUCUUCAAGUGGCUGGGCAUGGUGCUCCUGAUAGUCGGCGUGUUCCAGGUAACGCAGCUGCACGUGAAGAUUAGGAAGAGGUGGCGGCAGAUCCGUGGCGAACGCGACGCGGUGGCGCCUGCGGCGGCGGAGGAAGAGUGCACCAGCUGACAGUCGUAGGACGAGGGCUCCUGGAGCUCUGACGUGACGGCUUUGGCCUUUCCGGGUUCCGCGGAGACUCGUCCUCCACUCCCCGCCCCCUCCUCCCCCCCUGACCUCCCCAGUCCACCCUGCUCCUCGCUGUCGCCUCGAGUGCGAGUGAUGCCCGGGCACCGCCUCGGGUGGUUGCCGCCGUGCCCCAGCUGCGGAUGACGCCGAGGCAGUGGCGGAGUUGGGCGAGCCCCUUCUCCGCCGUCCCCAGCGGGAGUUGCAGAUGGUACGGCUGCGUUGCGCAGGGGGGGGGGCAGGGGAAUUGUCUAUACAUCUGCUGACGUGUAAUUUACUUGCUGAUGCACACGGGGCGUGCGGCCGGGACCGUUUGCUUCCGCGUGUCGCGCCGCUGGUUCCGGCCCGCCACGCUUCGCCACGCCACGCCGAGACACGCUUCCCUCAGGGCACCUAGUCUGGCGACGCGGUGCGGCUCGCCGCGCUGCGGUCCGCACCCGCCUCCCUGCGCGGGGGCCUGCACAGAACGGCACCCGUGCGGUAUCCUGCGGCGUGCGCGCGGUGCUCCCGAAGGGGGG